ACACAAAAACAAAAAAUGAGACUGAAAAUAUCUUUAGUGGCAGUUUGUGUUCGUGUGUACGUUAUCACUGUUUCUACGAUGUUGUAAUAUUUUAUUUUAAGCUGUAAAUAAUAUCAAAAUUGGCAAUUCGGUUAUAAUCAGGUUAUAAUUACGAUGGGAUUGUGUGUGCACGGAUAUUAAUUUCACAUAAAUGUGCAGUAUUAGAAUGAUUCUCGAUAAAAGUGGUGCACUAGACCAUCCCUGCAGUUACUAAAAGAUUAUGGAAUCCGAUUGACAUGCGGAGUACCAUGCAAACAGCCAUAUCUUUACUAUUGUUUUAUUUUGUGCAAGUAAUAUCGGAAAGGGAGCAUAAAGUGCACAAUAUAGUGCUUUACCCAGAAAAACACUCCUGGUGUCAAAUAACACCAAUCCAACAAAUAAUUGCCUCCCCUGGCUACGAGUCAGUCACCAUAGACAACAACGUCUGUGUGGGGGCCUGCUAUAGCUAUUCCAUACCAAAAACCCAACCCGCUGAACCCGGAGAAUUGAUUGGUCCAUAUUGUGACAGCUGUCAGCCUUCGGAGAUAAAAUGCUACCACGUAAAUCUUAAACAAAUCGAGAAAAACGUCGAGGGGCCAAAAAUAUUACAAAAAAGGGUACAAAUCAUUACGAAUUGUUCUUGUCAAAGCUGCGAUAAGAUUAGAAGUGAGGAUUGUAAGAUUACUGAUAACAAUACUUUGGAAUUACCACAGAAUCUAUUUACAAUCGAUAAAAAUGCUAAUAAGUCAGUAAGUGAGGAAAUACCGGAUCUUUUGGAAAGAAACAACAGCUAUCAUAUUCUUCAUACUCUAGAUAACGAUCUAAAGAAACUAAAAUACAAGAAAUGGUUUGAGAGUCAUCAAAAUGAAAUAGAAAGGACGUACAGUUCUGAUGCCUAUCGGUUAUUUUUAAAACAAAAUAGAGAUAACAAUAUUAAAAUAGAGGAAGAUCAAGAAGAACCUGAUUUACCUAUUAAUUUUGGAUUGGAAGGGAUCCCGAGUGGCUUAAGGGACAGUCAAGUAGGAAUACAACAAAAAGCAGGUCCAGUCUUAGAUGACGAUGACGAAGAUCUCAGCUCCGAGGAAACAGAAACAAAUUCCAACGAUAUAGUAGUCCUUCCAAACGUGGAGAAACUCCACGAAAUAAAACCAGAAGAAUUAACCGGAUUAAAAACACACCCCACCGCUCAUCACAAAGGGCACCAUCAUAUUGGUGAAGAACAACUUAUUGGAAUGAACGUGGUUCACAUGAUAAAAGGACCUCAUGGAAGUUUAGUUGCAGCUCCCGUGGAAGCCAAACUACAGAUAGACUCGGACGCUUUACAACCAAACAGUGAAGGUGUUGUUAUAGACUAUGGAGCACCAGACAGUAAAACGCAUAAUAAAGUUGCAGAACUAUUUGAAAACUAAGAUAAUAUAUAAGACAGAGGGGCAUGUACUCAAAUCUCUUAAAUGAUAUUAAUAUUUAAUAUUUCACUUAAAAGGUUUUCACUGUUAAAGUAAAAUGAAACUUAGAACUAAGAAUAGUAUAAUCAUACAAACACCAGUUUUGGCUUUUACAAUCAUCAGCUUUGGCCCUACAAUCCUAGGUGGAUCCUGACCUGCCUGGAGAGCAACAUAUGUGCCUCCCGAUGAGAGACUAAUAAGUUUUGAAACCGGUAGAGGGGCUUGCUGCACUCUCUGAUUGAACUGGAAUAAUGAUGCGGCUGUAUCGUGUUGCAACGAAAUUGAAAAUGGUUAUUCAUUUUUUAUUUACAUGUUUACUCUGAUUAGAGUACGAAGGGAACCAUUCUCGUUGGAACUUUACCGCGCUGAGCAGAUGGGACGUGAAUUAUAAAUUGUAAAAUUCUCCCAUCUUCCUUAGUCUCAGCAUCCGUUAUGGCUUGCAAAUUGUAGAAGCCUCGUAGGUGUUACCAGAAUAGGUUCCCAUUGUUUUCAGUCUGGUAGGAUGUAGAGUAACAUUUUUGGAUGUUGUUUUAUGUGCUAUUAGAUUGAAAACUUAGUUUUUUUUAAGUAAACAAUUGAUCAACUUGCUCAAGUUUAUUACUAUUUACAUACACAGACGAUUUUAUAUUGUCUUGUUUACUUAUUACGAGUAUUUUGGUUUUCCGUAUGUUCAGAUCCAGACUUGCUUCUUUAUAACUCUCAACGACACUGUCAAGUAAUGUUUGCUUAUCUUCUUGAGUAGAAGCUCCGCAUAUCGCAAAUUAUUGAUGACUUCACCGUUCAUAAUAAUUAUUUCUUCUUGUUUUUCAGAAAGUGCAUGUGUGAAAAUUCUUUGGGAGUAAACUUUGAUAAGCAGGGGUGACAAGAGGCAUCCUUGCCGUACUCCUCUUUUAAUAUCAAGAGCCUGUGAUUCCAAACCGUCUACUAAAAGCGAUGUUAAGUAUUAUGUUUCUAUGUGAUUGAGCCACAAUUAUUAGUGUAAUGAAAAUUACAUUUUUCCACUCCAGAAAUCGUUCUCAUUAGACAUGCCACAAGAUAACAGUUUCCGAAACAAAUUUGCAAUUAUUAUGAGAAUGUCUCUGCCAUUCAAGCCAAUGUCUCUUAGAACUUUGACCAAUAUAGAGAGCUUAACACUAUCAAAUGCCUUUUGGUAGUCAAUAAAACAACAGUCCAUGUCUACAGAUAUAUCACGACAUAUUUGAGGGAAUGAAAGCAUAGUUUUUUUAAUUUUGUUCACAUCGUGCCAGAAGAUUAUUUUUUUUAUUAAUUUUUUCUGAUACUGAUUAUGUGCCCCUCUUAUGUAAUAAAACAACAAAAAAUGAGGUUGAUAAAUAUUUUUUCGUUUAUUUUACUUAAUAAAAUUAUUUUUACGUUAGUUAUUUUAUAAUAAAAGUUUUUUGUGUUGGUUUGUUGAAAAAUUAAUUUUAAUUUAAUAAUUUGAGGCUAUAUAGACAAAUCGACAUAAAAAAUGUAAAAAUCUAGUCUCAAAAUUUUAGCGUUUAAUCAAAAUUAUUACAGGGUUAUCCAAAAUAUUAGAUCUAAAGUUCUGUGUAACGUGUUUUACUGUUUAUUUUAUUUUGCGUUGAAAAUUAGCGCACUUUUUUGUUUUAUUUGUUGUAAAAAAACUACAUUCCGCAAAAUUAUGAAAAUUUAUGUUUUUGUAGAGUAGUAUCUCAUUUUGACCUUAUUUAUUUUAUAGAUUAUAGCAUGAAUAAUCAAGGACUAACACUUCAGAGCGUAGGCACAAAAUCUCGUGCCAGUGCUUUUUAAAUGCACUCAUUUUUUCGAAUCCUGAGAAAAUUAAUAAGUAUUUUUGAAAAAUUACGCAGAAUGAAAGAUUACAUUAUUACCGAGGGCCCCCUAAAAACUUCUAAAAUAUUUAUUUUAAUAAGUUACAUGGGUGAAAAAAAAAAAAGAGAAAAUUGAGUGUGAAUUUUUAAUUUCAAAUAUCUCAUUCAAAAGAAACUUUUUGUUUAUUCUAAGGAACUUUCGAUCCUCGGUUAUAAUGUAAUCUCUCAUUCUGCGUUUAAAUUUUUCAAAAAUAUUUGUUAGUUUUUUCAGAAUUCGAAAAAAAAAGAAUGCAUUUAAAAAGCAUUGGCGCGAAAUUUUGCGCUUACGCUUUUCAACACCUACGGUUCAUCAGUGUAUGCUAAGUCGAUACAGAGGCCUAAUUUCUAUUUCUAUUUCUAUAAUAAUGUCUAUUAUUAUACAGAUUUCUUCACCACGUCAUGCGAUUUAGCAAAAACUCUUCUUAUUCUUUUUCAUAUGCCAUCUUCUCUAAGAAGAUUGGCAAUUAUCAGAGAAAUACGCAUCUUGUUCAAGGGAGCAGUAUCUUGGAUACUGCUUUAAUCUUCUAAUAGCACUAUUAUCAUCUAUUUGGUCGUAGUCUAGUGGUCUCUGCGUGUUUAAUCUCUAAGUAUUCCUCCCUUGGUAUUUCUUAAUAUUUUCGUUCUGGCUGUUCUCAUUAUCCUGUUUGUUGUGAUGCAUCUUGUUGUGAUGAUGUAUUAUGUGGCGCAUGUGAGAACAGACCCCUCUGGUAUACCCUGACGCUUAGUGGCCCUCCAAUUAGGUUCCAUUUUUGAUACUGCUACUCCUAUUUAAUUCCAUCUGAACAUCGUGUGAGUGAGUUCUACAGAUAUUAACAUUGAUUUGAUAUUUUUUAUUGGGAAAAUUAAAUUGAAUUUAUUUCAUGUGAUUUGACGAAUAAAGUACUAGAGUACUGUGGUACUAGAAUAAAGCUAUCAGCAUAUCACAGUAUUUGAAGCUAUGGGUCUCCCAUCACGCUUCUGAUGUUGAAUGAAGAACCUUUACACUAAUGUGACCUUUCUCAGAUAAUUUUCGUUUUAUAUUUACUCUUGUUAUAUUUUUCGUCAUAUCUGUCAUAAUUAUUUGGUAUUUUUAGUUUAUGUUAUGCGGCUAUAAAAUGUUGAUUACAUUAUUUUGUCACACCCUAUCAAACGCUUUAGUAAGAUCAAAAAACUGAUCCACUAUUGAUUCGCACAAUUUUUGUUGUUAAAACCUGUACGCGUCCACUGCUGGACAUAGGUCUACCUCAGCUCUUUCCGUCUUUGUCUUGUGCUUUUCCUUGUGGCCUCCACUCGACAAUACGUUUUGUCCAUCGUUUGUCUGAAAAUCUGAAAAAAUGUAGGUAAUACCCAAUUCCAUAUUAGCCACGUGAUAUUUCAAUAGCGUCUGUUGUUUUUAUUCUAUGACGUAUUUCUUCGUUUAGGAUUCGGUCUCUCAAACAUACACCCAGCAUCUAACGAAACGUUAGAGGUACAAAGUGUUAAAUCCGAUUAUGCUCAAAUUCUUGCUUCUACAUUGCUCAAAUUAAAAACUUUUAUAUUCAACUUUAGAAAUAUAUGUCUAUAUCCUUUUUCUGUUUGUGUAAUUAAAAAAUCAAAUUUUUGUAAUAAAUGUAAAUACUUCUAAAUGAUUUCGAAUUGGCUGUGUGUUUACUUAGUCAAAAAGUAACGAUUACAUUUUUUACUUUUCUAUUAGAAUCGUAUAGAAUAUUUUUUUGAACUAAUUGUAUAUUAUUGAUAACAAUCCAAAUGGCAUUAUGCAAUAAAGUGUUAAGUAGUAAGACCUAAAUUGAGCUGACCUGGACUAAUGUAGAUUAAAGUUUUUAAACAUUUGACAUCUUUUUUAAGCGCUACUUCCACCAGCAAACUUCAUGGUCCUUGGAUUCCUUCCUUGGAUACAUGGAAGGUCCAUGGGAAUUUUAACUUUUGAUGUUGUUAGUCGAAAAAGUCAAGCAGUUUGAUUUUAACACUGAUUAGGUAUGUCUGAUUUCUUUAUGUCAUUAAGAUACAUAUUUUGUGUAGCAUCCAGUCCUUUUUAUUAACCACUUAAGAAUUACUAGUUUGUGAUUGGUAAACUUCAACAUAAUAAACGUUGAACAUUUAAAUGGUAAAUAUAUCCUAUUUAUCGAUCUGCUUUACCAUUGGUGGUAACAUUAAAGUUAAUCAAAAAUUUACAAGAGAAAACGUAUCUUAAAUACUCAAUUGCAGAUGUGAUUUGGAUUGACAAAUAAUUGCUGUAUCUAAUAUUUUGUAAACUAUAUAAAAUAUAAUAUAUUACUGUAUCAUA